AUGAGUGUCAAGACUCCUAUUCAAGCCAUCUUCGAGGGCCUGAAAGGAUCAUGGAGACUACGAAGAUCCCUCAGUAGCUCGCUAGCUGGCUUUCCCUCUGGCAUUUUCGAGGGGACCGCCACAUUCACACCCAGACAACCGUCAGCACAUAGUGUAGCUGCCGAGCUGUUGUACUCCGAACAAGGUGAGCUGCGGACUGACAAUGGCUUCACGCUGAGAGCCAACCGAAAAUACAUCUACCGCUACAAUGCGGACGAGGACAAGAUCAGUGCUUGGUUCGUUAAGGAGGACACUAAGCAAACCGACGGCGGAGAGGAGGUCGACUACCUUUUCCACGGCUUGGAAAUGGAAGACAAGCCUCAAGCCUGGAUUGGGAAGGGCGAGCAUUUGUGCGAGCUCGAUAUGUACUGGGCUUACUACGAAUUCAGAAUGCCCAAGAUCGUCGAGGAGGGUCACUCAAUGGACGUCUUUGGUGUGAGGUACAAAGUCAAAGGUCCACAGAAAGACUACACAAGCGAUACUGCCUACGAGCGGGCAUUCACGGCUAAUCUCCCGGGACGUUGA